UUACAUCAGCCAGACGACAGCAUAUAGCCUACAGGUUGAACUUAAUAAUAUGUGCGACGGACUAGCUAACGGGAAGCUGUCAGAAGAGCUCCUUUUAAAGGAUGAACUCGGGUGUCAUAAAGACUCAACCAUUAUCGCUAAGCGUUUCCUCAGAGUUCCUUCUGAUGAAGAAAUCAGGAAAGAACGAACAGACGUAAACUGCCAAGUUGUUGAACUCUCCAGAGCUUAUCGUAGUAUACUGACUGGGAUCGGAGAAGACCCCGAACGGCAAGGUCUGGCGAAAACUCCCGAAAGAGCAGCUAAAGCCUUAAUGUUCUUUACUCAUGGUUAUGGCCAGAAAAUAGGAGAUGUGGUCAACGACGCUAUAUUUCAUGAAGACCACGAUGAGAUGGUUAUAGUCAAGGAUAUUGAGAUGUUCUCUAUGUGUGAGCACCACCUGGUGCCGUUCAUUGGAAAGGUCUCCAUUGGAUAUCUUCCUGACAAGAAAGUUCUAGGUUUAAGCAAGUUGGCAAGGUUAGUCGAAAUUUACAGUAGACGUCUACAAGUUCAAGAAAGGUUGACAAAACAGAUUGCCCUUGCUAUCGUGGAGGCGAUCAACCCUACAGGAGUGGGAGUCGUUAUUGAAGCUAGCCACAUGUGUAUGGUGAUGCGUGGUGUUCAGAAACUUAACAGCAAAACCGUGACCAGCACUAUGCUCGGCUAUUUCCGGGAAGAUCCGAAGACAAGAGAAGAAUUUUUAACAUUAAUUCGUAAAUGAUUAAGAUAUAUGAUGUAGAAUACUGAUUUGAUUUUUUAACACUUUGGGAGGGAGUUUCAAACUAACAUUAUCAUUUAAAAAGAUUGUGCGGUAUUUUAUUUUUGUUUUUCAUUUGCAAGAGGAAAUAACUAAUUUUUUUUAUAUAUUUUAAACAUUUAAAAUUAUCUUUUAAAUGAACAGUUGAGACAAUAAAAUGCAUUAAAUAAUGUUUAAGUGAGAAACUAUACAGUUUGUAUCAGUGAACACAAAGUUCCUAAAUGUCUGCAAUGUCAAGUUCCACAGAUGAUGAGUAUUAUUAACUUAAGCUUCAUCACAAGUGUUCAUUAUUGUAUGUAAUUUGUAUUUAUUAGACUUUUGAAAAUGCUCAUCAUAAAAACGUUUAAUUUAAA